UGCUGACGCGGAAGGCGGGGCGCUGCCUGGCCCCGGUCCCAGCGCGAAGAUGGCGCGCCCGUCCGGCUGGCUGCUGCUGGAGGUGGCGCUCAACGCCGCCGCCCUGCUCGCCGCCCUCGGCUGCGCCGCCGCCCUCGGCCUCGCCCAGGGGGGCUUUGGCGGCAAGUGCAUUCUGUACGGUUCAGUGGACUACAACGGGACGCUGAUCCUCCUGAGUUCCAGCCCUCCCUCGCUCUGCUACUUCAUUUCUGCCAUCUCUGGGCUGACGGCCAUCUUCAACCUGGUCUCUCUGCUCCGCGGCCUCUACAGCUUGUGCUUCGGUGAUGGGCACUUGGUCCACACCUGGAUCAGGACCUCCUUGGUGGUCUCAGCCACCCUCCUCUUCUUCCUUCUCGUCUCCGCCUGCAUUCUCCGCGUUGGCAUGGAUUUCUUCUGUGGCUCCAUUCAGAAAUCCAAAGCGGCAGCAAGCUGCCAAGAGGCUCAGCAACGCCCCUGGGUCAAGCCUUAUCAUCCUGGAAAGUUCUACAACAACCUCUACGCUGCCCAGGCAACUGCUUGGGUGAACUUCCUCUUCUGGUUCUUGAUGUCCUUCCUGCUCUUCGUGGAAUGCAUCCGCAAAGCCCCCUACCAGUCCCUCGAGGUGGAAAACCCCCAGACUGACAAGACAGUGCCCGCCUUUGGUGACCAGUCUCAGUGAGGACGAGGGAAGGAGGCACCAUGAGGACUCCCUCUGUUCGGACAGUCUGCCACCUUCUACCCAGGUAGCAGGAGGGCACCAUCUAACUUGCUUUGACAAGAGACUGGACCGUUUAAAGCUCUCCUCUCUCUUAGGUUACCCAGAAUGAUGUCCGGAAAUGUCGCAACUGGAGCACUUCUGGAAUUCCCUGUCCUGUAGCUUUCCCCAUUCCCACACCCAACCCAGUUAAGUUCUCGUGAAGGUCACUACAGAAUAGAGGGUUCCCACACACACAAGUUCACAACAGACGAGAGCUACAUGGGAAGGACAAUCUUGCAAUUAAGGCUAGCUGUGAUGAAUGUGUUACACCACUUUAUUGGCAAACACACAGCCAACAGUUGGUUUUUGUGCCUUGAGACCACAAAUGCCAUCAAGCCUGCUUCUUCUGAUGUUGUCCACCUCCACAAGGGGAACACCAACAAGGUGACGGUGUUGAAUUUAGGCCACUCCUCCGCUAAAAAUCUCCACUCUCCCAUCAUGGACAUUCACUAGUGACAUGGAGACUUUCUCUUCCGGCUACGCUACCCCACCUGGUUGUUUGGUGUGGAGAAGAACUGCAGGAAAAUCCCCUCAUCCUCGGCUUCUGGAGAAACCCUGGGGCCAAACCCUGAAGGAAUGGUCCAUGUUACCCCAUUGGGGGGGGGAGGAAGAAGGGGGGGGUGGUGGAUCAAUUGGGAAAAACUUGGGUCUUUUCUUCCAGUUUUGUCCAAAUCUGUGCAGCUUUUUCACGCAGAUGGAACCGCUCUGAAGCAAACAAAUACACUCUUUUUUCCUUAA